UAACGCUGAACAAGAAGAAGAGGGACGUUGGCCGGUGUUGGGUUUUGAUAUUUCCCACAGCACCUGACGUACACAGCAGCCAGAGUCAUCCUGCAGCUGAACUGAUCCUCCGAGACCUCAAGCUUCACUUCUCCUCACCGGGUACCUGCCACCAUCAGCCGGUCAUGGCGCUCCGGAGGUUCUUCGUGGGAGGAAACUGGAAGAUGAACGGGGACAAGGAGAGUCUGGGAGAACUGAUGACUACGCUCAACACCGCCAGCCUGCACGACCAGACCGAGGUGGUGUGUGCUGCUCCCUCCAUCUACCUGGACUUUGCUCGGUCUAACCUGGAUCCCAGAAUAGGUGUCGCAGCCCAGAACUGCUACAAGGUGGCCAAGGGAGCGUUUACAGGGGAGAUCAGUCCGGCCAUGAUAAAGGACUGUGGGGCAGAAUGGGUGGUCCUGGGACACUCUGAGCGCCGUCAUGUCUUUGGGGAAGGUGACGAGCUGAUUGGCCAGAAGGUGGCUCACGCUCUGGAGAGCGAUCUGGGUGUGAUCGCCUGCAUCGGCGAGAAGCUGGAGGAGCGGGAGGCAGGCACCACAGAAGAAGUCGUCUACGCUCAGACGCAGGUCAUUGCAGACGUGAAGGACUGGGGGAAGGUGGUGCUGGCAUAUGAACCUGUGUGGGCCAUCGGCACAGGCAAGACAGCUUCACCUGAACAGGCUCAGGAGGUCCAUGAAAAGCUGAGGGCGUGGCUCAGAGGCAACGUCUCAGAUGAAGUAGCCGACACUGUGCGCAUCAUCUAUGGAGGUCAGUGA